AAAGCAACUUAACGAAUGAAUGGUUUCGGUCUUGCCGAUCACGCAACGUGCACGUGCGCCCGUCCACGGUAGAGAGUUCACAGCUGUUGUAGAACGUUUGGACUUUGGACUGUGUAUACAAUCACCGGUGCAUGAGACGCGUGAAUAACUCCGUCCGCAUCGGCUUUAAGGUUGUGCUACUCGCCGUCACGAAGGUGUAGCGUGUUCAAAUCACAGCAUGCCGUGCCGGGUCCAAAGUCCGCAAGGUAACAGUGACGUAGAGCCAUCGUGCAAACGAUUUGUACCGUGUUAACGAUAAGAGACUACAAAUCCUUUUUUACAGUGACAUCUGUGAGAAUUUGGAAGAAGCUUUGAUCGUACAGUCCAGUUAUAGGUACGUUCCGUUAUCAUUGAUUCUUGUGUUGAUAGUAAGAAAAAAAAAAUCAUUCACACUUACUUUGCAUGAUAUAAAAAAGAAGAGGAAAUAAUCACUAUAUUAUGAAUAUCUUAGAAAAGAGUUUACGAAAAAACAAACAAAUAUAAAAUGGAAAUUUUAAUUGUGGAAUCAACAUCACACUCCGUUAUACGCAAAACAUUCAGACCACGAGCUGACUGUAGCGCCACUUGCGACAACAUACAUAACUAAUUAAAUCAUAUGACUUUCGUCACGACUCUUCAUAUCGCUUUAUUGAUUCGUGUCUCGGUUCUCGUACUCGGUCUUGGUCUACAUAGUUUUUGUGUGUUUUCGAUAUGGCGAGUCAGACCCAAGGAAUCCAACAGCUUCUAGCUGCUGAAAAACGCGCUGCGGAGAAAGUCAGCGAGGCAAGGAAGCGAAAAGCGAAACGCCUAAAGCAGGCCAAGGAGGAGGCUCAAGAUGAAGUUGAAAAGUACAGACAGGAGCGUGAAAGGCAGUUCAAAGAAUUUGAAGCCAAGCACAUGGGUACCAGGGAAGGUGUUGCGGCCAAGAUCGAUGCCGAGACCAAAGUUAAGAUCGAAGAGAUGAACAAAAUGGUCCAAACACAGAAGGAGGCGGUCAUCAAAGACGUCUUGAAUCUGGUGUAUGACAUCAAACCCGAACUCCACAUCAACUACCGCUUAAAUUAAGCAAAUUAUUGUAUUUAAUACAUAAUUUACGCCUAAUUAACUUAAUUUGAUCACCUUUAUUUAAAAAAAAAUUGUAUAUUAAUUUGACAGAUCAUUGUAACAAGCGUAUGUAGGCAGGUUUUCUUGGAGCCGACUUAAUUAAAAAAAAACACAGCAAGGCGCAGAAAAUGAAAUGUCAAAGUGCAAUUUUUUUGCCAAGUAAUUUAUUGUAUGAGAAAUCAGCUCGGUACCAUUCCAAGUGUUGAGAAUUCGCUACGAUAAUUUAAAAUUUAAAUAUGAAAAAAAAUAAGAAAUGUAAUCAACCUGUAUGUUACUCGAUGUUGUAUGUUGAAUAGAUUAUAAAUAAACGUUGAAAAAAGGCUUUUAAAUCUUUUCUUUGUAGUUCAAGGAUGUGUACAGUAUUAGUGUAAAAAUAUAUUGUAUUGAUGUCAA